AAUAAUCGAUUAUUUUUUUACGAUCGACGAUCGCAGAAAUGAAACAGCGUUAGGGCUAACGCAUAUUUUCCACCUCGUGCAAACAGUUUCUCCGGUCUGUGUUAUACUUGACUGAUCACUAAAUCAUAAAUAGCGGCGAGACGCGAAAUUUUUCGUUAGUCCGCUAUGGAUUCGUGGAGUGCGAAGGCUUUCGUCGUUUUCCUUGUUUUGACAUCGCGUAGAAAUGUUCAACCGCAGCCUCAAAGCUUCAACAACAAAAGGAUCGUUAUUGAUUUUAAUAAUGGUAUCAUCACGAUCAAUAAUCAGCUCUCCGUGUCGAGCACCAAGCAAAUGGAGAGGAUAGCCGGUGGGAGUUACGCGAAUGAAGGUCAAUUUCCGUUCAUGGCCGUGGUGCAUCGAUUGAUCGAUGGUAGAAGAGUUGCUCAGUGCGGCGGUACCAUCAUUUCGGAGAGAUGGGUGCUGACCGCGGGUCACUGCAUCGCCAAGUUCCCGCAAAGGUUCUUCGUGGUAUUCGGAAUCGUCGACAAGACCGGGAUCGGUUACAACGUGAACCGGGGACCCGGAGUCUCGAUGAUGACAACGCGGGCUUACGUCCAUCCCAGCUAUUUCUUCAGCAAGAACGACAUCGGAUUGUUGCACAUGCCGCAAGAUAUUCCCUUCUCAGAAAAAAUUCAACCGAUAUAUCUGGCCGGCCCGAAGGAGGGUAAAGUCAUGGCCGACACGAUGGCCUACGUGGUUGGAUGGGGCCGCGAUGGUUUCAGUCCCAGAGGCACCAAAAGACUCAAGUACGCCCUAAUGCCGUUAAUUUCGAAACGCAAGUGUGUCUCAUACUGGAGAGUGGACUACAGAAAUAUAUGCACGGAACCGGGACACGGGAAAAACGCGUGCCAGGGCGACAGUGGGGGUCCUCUUUUUGUAAUGAGGGACGAUCGACCGCUGCAAAUCGGUAUCGUUAGCUACGGAGACGCAAACUGUCCGAGCGGCAGACCCGGAGUGUACACCAGAGUGGCGGCGUUUGCAGAAUGGAUCCAACGUGUCACCGGAAUGGAAUUCGAAUAA